AAGACAAAAUAAUAUAUAGAUAAAACAUUUGGAUUCAUAUCCGCCAAACAAACCCUCAGCGGCAGGUUUAUGGGUCACUGAUUACAAAAGGGAGAUAUGAAAGCCGUCAAAGGUCACCGACCGUCACAAAGACGGCGACCGAGAGAGAAUCGACCAGCGAGCUUCAACGGCUCGCCUGAGAAUAACCGAUCUGCUUCAGGAAACAAGAGCCAGACCCUCGUGGAUUGAGAUGAAGAGUCAAUAAAGAGGAGUAAAACACUCUCACGGACAAGGUUUCACUCUGAUGGUCGCCCCAUAGGUUCUCCUCCUGGUUGGCCAUGCUGGGGGGAACGAGAACCAUCAGUGGAUGUUGCAGGAUUAAGCUCCAGCAGCCCCGUCACUCCUCCUUUUCCUCCGUUCCCCCUCCCCCUGAGCUCCUCAGACUCCAUUACCCAGCAGGCAUUGAGAGCAGGAAGUACAAGGCGGCCCAGGAGGCCCAGCCGCCGAUGCCCUCGGCUCAGAUCAACCGCAUCUUGAAGGCGAAUGAAUUUGGCCACACCCUGCCCAGAGGCCCCGCCUCCCAUGGCGUUCUGGGUUUCCACAGCAACAUGCUGCCAUCCAACCAUCCCGGCGAGGACCGCCGGAGCAGCGCCACCUGCCUGCCGGGCCGCGGGGGCGUCAUGUUCGGCGUGUUCGACGGCCACGCCGGGGCGGCGUGCGCCCACGCCGUCAGCCAGAGGCUCUUCUACUACAUCGCCGUGGCAACGCUGCCGCUGAGGACGCUGGCGGAGCUCGAACGGGCGGUGGAGGAAGAGCGGGCCGUGCAGCCGCUCCUGCAGUGGCACAAACACCCUCGAGACCACAACUGCCCCGACGGCGCUGCCAUCUCCUUCCAAAGCCUCCGCAACUACUGGCAGGAGCGACUGGAGGAGGAGGAGGAGGAGGAGGAGGAAGAGCUGCAUGGCGGCUGCAGGGUGACAUCAGCGCUGGUCAGCGCUUUCCUUCGCCUGGACUACGACCUGUCCGUGGAGGCCCAGGUGCACAUGUCCAUGUCUUCCACCAGACGGGUGUCCCUCCCCGAGGAGGCUGUGUCUCCGCCCAGCCCCCUGCGGGUGGCGCUCUCCGGCUGCACGGCUUGCGUGGCCCACGUGUCCAAGGGGGUCCUGCACGUGGCCAACCUGGGCGACAGCCGGGCCGUGCUGGGCGUCAGGGAGCCCGACGGGACUUGGUCGGCGGUCAGCCUCAGCAGCGACCACAACGCGGAGAACCCGGACGAGCUGCAAAGGAUUCUGGGGGAACACCCGCUGUCCGAGCGACGGACGGCGGUCCGUCACGACCGCCUGCUCGGCCUGCUGCUGCCCUUCAGGGCCUUCGGGGACGUCCGGUUCAAGUGGAGCGCCGAGACGCUGCGUCGGGUCUACGAAACGCGGCCGGAGGUCCGGAGGACGCCGCCGCCGCCGCACUACUUGACCCCGCCUUACCUGAGCGCCCGGCCGGAGGUCACGCGACACCGCAUCACGCCCGGAGACAGGUUCCUGGUGCUGGCGACGGACGGACUGUGGGAGCUGAUGCACCGACAGACAGUGGUCCAGCUGGUGGGUGAACAUUUGACAGGCCUUCAGCAGCAGAGACCCAUAAGUCUCGGCGCGGGCACAACACUGGGCGCCAUGCAGGGCCUCCUGCUAGAGAGGAAGGGGCGGGGUCUGUCAGUGCUGGAGGACCAGAACGCCGCCACCCACCUGCUCCGUCACGCCCUGGGGGACGACGGGUACGGGACAGUGGCUCCAAACCGGCUGGCCAAGAUGCUGAGUCUGCCGGCAGAGCUGGCCCGGAGGUACCGCGAUGACAUCACCAUCACGGUCAUCCACCUGAACGAGCCGGAGCUUUGAGUCUGAAGUUUACCUGGCAGGUGAUAAAUUAGUAACUCUGGUUUUUAAAUGAAGAGUUGUUACAUGCUUGUUUGUCCUGUCUGUUGCCCUUUG